GUGCAAACCUUCUCUCCGUUCGAAUUCGCAUAUCCUUUAUCUCUUCCAUCACUUUCUCCACAAAAACGUUAUCGAUUCCAUUCAGUCCAAUGGGUAACAGCUUAAGGUGCUGUCUGGCUUGCGUUCUUCCCUGCGGUGCUCUUGACUUGAUCCGAAUAGUCCAUCUCAACGGCUUCGUUGAAGAACUCACCGGUCCCAUCACUGCCGAUGAAGUCCUCAAGGCCAAUCCCAAUCACGUCCUCACCAGACCUACCUCUCAGGGAGUCGUUCGCCGGAUUCUCGUCCUCUCGCCGGACACCGAACUCAAGCGAGGCAGCAUCUACUUCUUGAUCCCCUCCUCCUCCGUCCCCGACAACAAGAAGACUUCUUCCUCCAAGAAGACCAAGAUCAUCCAUAAGAAAACUGCUCCUCCUACUGAUUUCUCCUCCCAAAGUGAUGCGCGCCUCCCACUCUCCGCAGAUAUUGCCUCCUCCGAGAAGAAAUCUUCCCGCCGGGAUCGCCGGAGUGGCCAUGCUGGAAUCUGGAGGCCUCAUUUAGAGAGUAUCUCCGAGGACUAGCUAGUCCUUUUUUUUUUUUUUUAAUUCCCACCCAAGGGGGUGGGGUUUGAGUUUGCCGGUGACGGAAUCUGGCUUUCUUGGGGAACCAAAAAUGGUUUCAAUUAUUGGAAGAGAGCGAAGAAUGAUGCACUCUCUUUUUUUCCCUUUUUGGCGUCCCUUUUGGAAAGAAAUGUAUGUGGGUUUUUGGUUUUGUGGAUAAACAAAAAUUUACCUUGUCAA